AUGAUGGGAAACCGCCAAGGGCAAUGGUGGGAAACAGCUAAGGGCAAUGGCGGAAAACAACGAAGGGGAAUGGUGGGAAACAGCCAAGAGAAAUGGUGGGAAACAACAAAGGGGAAUGGUGGGGAAAUAGCCAAGGGGAAUGUUGGGGACACAGCCAAGAGAAAUGGUGGGGAAACAGCCAAGGGCAAUGGUGGGAAACAGCUAAGGGCAAUGGCGGAAAACAACGAAGGGCAAUGGUGGGAAACAGCCAAGAGUAAUGAUGGGAAACGGCCAAGGGGAAUGGUGGGAAAUAGCCAAGGGGAAUGGUGGGAAACAGCCAAGGGGAAUGGUGGGGACACAGCCAAGAGAAAUGGUGGGGAAACAGCCAAGGGCAAUGGUGGGAAACAGCUAAGGGCAAUGGCGGAAAACAACGAAGGGCAAUGGUGGGAAACAGCCAAGAGUAAUGGUGGGAAACGGCCAAGGAGAAUGGUGGGGAAACAACAAAGGGGAAUGGUGGGAAACAGCCAAGGGGAAUGGUGGGGACACAGCCAGGAGAAAUGGUGGGAAACAACCAAGGGCAAUGGUGGGAAACAGCCAAGGGCAAUGGCGGAAAACAACGAAGGGCAAUGGUGGGAAACAGCCAAGAGAAAUGGUGGGAAACGGCCAAGGGGAAUGGUGGGGAAACAGCCAAGGGGAAUGGUGGGAAACAGCCAAGGAGAAUGGUGGGGAAACGGCCAAGAGAAAUGGUGGGACACGGCCAAAGGCAAUGGUGGGAAACAGCCAAGGGGAAUGGCAGAAAACAACGAAGGGGAAUGGCGGAAAAUAGCCAAGAGAAAUGGUGGGAAACAGUCAAGGGGAAUGGUGGGAAAUAGGCAAGGGGAAUAG